AUGGCCUUUGCCUUACUCAAGUCGUCAGCCAAGGGGACAGUUACGUGUGGUGUGAGCUCAACUGUUGGCUUUGAAGAGCUGCCGGCCCAACGGAGGAACAUUCAUUCGCGCCCAUUUGUCACAAUGCCGUAUAGGACGACCGGAAUAUCAUCCCCUUCAAGAAUGCCCCCAACAACAACCAUCCAAAACGUUCCGCUUACUUCACACCGCUGGACUUAUGACUUUGAUGGUGGUCGUCAGUUUGGGUGCAUUCCUACGCCUCGAUUAAAAGAUAUUGGUGUAUAUAUAUCUGGAUGUCUGUUUGCGAUAGGUUGGGUAGUGUUUAUCGAUUCAAUAAUAUACUCUACUACAUCAGAAUUGGAUGUGAGCAUCAGGUUCGAAGACUGGUUUAACGGUGUUAUCGCUACUAUUGGAAUGAUUAUCGUAAACUCCCUUGACAAAAGCUGUCUUUCGGAACACGAGUACUUGUAUACACGAUCGAGGCUUACACUCUGGAAAGCGCGUCUUCUGUUAUUUAUUGGAUUCUUCAUGAUGGCGUGUGGUGUCUGUGGAUCGACUGCUAUUCUUGUGUAUAAAUAUCUUAUCCCAGGUAUACACAUGCCCGAGUUGUACAUUGGCAUUGCGAUCGUCAUACAAUCGUGGUCAAUAUUCCUAAGUUCGAUUAUGUUGUGGAUAGCACAGAACACGGGUAAUGCAUACAAGUAUACUUUCGUUCUCUAA